CUCUCCGGUCUCCACUUAUUAAAAAUAUUCCUAAAAGAUGAAAUCAAGCAUUUUGGUGCUAAUAUAUUGCUUGGUUGGUGGAUUAGUGACUUGCAACAAUUCCGAUGAGAAGCCCGGCAGUCCUGACACAAUAAAAGUACACGUGGUACCACACACACACAAUGACGUAGGCAAGCUGAAGACAGUAGACCAGUACUACUUCGGAACGAGAAGCGGCCUCUACCAAGGAGGGGUCCAGUUCAUCAUAGACACAGUAGUGGACGAACUGACAGCUGACCCGUCCAAAACCUUCAUUUACAUGGAGAUAGCCUACUUUAAGCGGUGGUGGGAGCACAGGGACAAGGUGUGGCACAACAAGGUCAGGAAGCUGAUCAAGAACAAGCAGUUAGAGUUUGUGGGAGGUGGGUACAGCAUGAACGACGAGGCCAGUGUGCACUACAUGGCUACUGUUGAUCAGUUCAGUGCAGGAAUGGUCUGGUUAACGGAGAACUUUGGGGGCGCAGCUGAGCCCACUGUAGCCUGGCAGAUUGACACGUACGGACACAGCGCAGCACAAGCAGCACUCAGUGCACAGUCAGGAUUGAAGGGGCUCUUCUUCUCCAGGAUGCAUUAUCAAGAAUACGAGAAGAGGAAGCAGGAUAAGGAGUUGGAGUUUAACUGGCACAGCACUGCGGGUGAGGACACCAUCUUCAGCAGUGUGCUCUACCAAGGAUAUAACGCUCCAACUGGCUUCUGCUUUGACAGCACCUGCACUGAUCCGCCUAUCGUAGCUGAUCCUGAAUCUCCGGAAUAUAACCUCCCUGAGAGACUCACUAAAUUCCUGGAAUUCUUGAAGGAGCAGGCAGCCCAUUAUCGCAGUGGGAACAUCAUGCUGACCAUGGGAGGUGACUUCUCUUACCAGAACGCUCACCAGUACUUCGCCAACCUGGACACACUGAUGAAAUACGUGAACCUAAACUCAACAGAGUAUGGGUUUGAAAUGGUGUACUCGACACCAUCUCGGUACAUGAACGCAGUGAAGGGUGCUAUUGGAGACUCCCUGGCACAGAGGAAAGAGGACUUCUUCCCCUACGCAGAUGAAUCGCACUCCUACUGGAGCGGGUAUUACACAUCUAGACCAUCUCUUAAAGGUUACGUGAGGGACUGUAACAAUGUCCUCCAAGUGUGCAGACAGGUGGAGGUCCUAGUGGGUAGUCCGUACUGCGAUGCUGAUAAACUCUGGUUAGCUAUGAGUGUAGCUCAGCAUCAUGACGCUAUAACCGGGACAAGUAAGAAGCACGUGGCAGAUGAUUACUUUAGGAGGUUAGCUGAGGGUCAGACCUUCUGUGAGGGAGUGAUAAACAGAGGGCUGGAGAAACUGUCAGGAGUUGGUUCUGGUAGUUUGGAGUCGUGUAGGCUGGCUAAUGAGAGUUAUUGUGAGGUGACUAGUCGAGCUGGGAACAAGAGUUUGACUGUGGUGGUGUACAACGCUAGAUCAGUUAAUAGGACUGAGUAUAUCAGGAUCCCACUGCUCAGUGAGAAAUACGAGCUCAUUGACCUGACAACCAAUCAGCAUGUCCAGUUAACUUUUGUAGAACUGAAUCCUGCUUUGAACAGAGUCAACUCUGAGGCGCUACCAGUGGAGGGAGUGUUCAAGGCGACCCUCCCAGCUUUGGGUUACUCCACGUAUCGGCUCCAACACGCUCUUAAGCCACGACACUCUCAGCUCCUCAGCAGCCAACCUAGAGAUGUGUCUGCUGAUAUCACGGUUCAGACACAGCUCUAUACUGUGGUGUUUGAUGGACAAACUGGGUCCUUGAAAAGCGUCACUAACAAAGUUUCCGGUUCGACAGAUAAGUUGUCCGCGAAAUUCUUGGAAUACCGCUCAAACACUGGAGACAGUCUCAGCAAACAAGCCUCAGGAGCCCACAUAUUCCGACCAGUAGACAACAAAGCAGAGGAGAUAGGAACACCAGUCCUGACUAACUACAUAUCAAACAACCAGUUUACUGAGAUAUGGCAAAUCUACGGUGACUGGAUCAACCUGGUUACCAGAGUCUCAAUAGACAAGCCUUACAUUGAGGUUGAGUGGGUGGUGGGCCCACUACCCUCGGACCAUGGCCGGGAAGUUAUCUUGAGGUACCAGACCAGCCUUUCUACAAACCAGAAGUUCUAUACGGAUAGCAAUGGUCGGGAGAUGCUCCAGAGGAGACUGAACAAGCUGCAGGAGGAUGAGGUAACGGAGCCGGUGUCUGGAAACUACUACCCCGUCACCACCAGAGCAGUGCUGUUAGACGAGCAAACAGGAAUGCAGCUGACUGUUCUGACAGAUAGAGCCCAGGGAGGAGCGUCUCUAGCAGAGGGACAGGUGGAGCUGAUGGUGCACCGCAGGACCCUGGAGGACGAUAACCGUGGGGUAGACGAGGCACUGGACGAUGAGCUGGUUGUCAAGGGGAGGCACUGGCUGUACUAUUCCCGGUUUGAUUCCAUGAAGGAGAAUAGGGUUCUGGGUCAGGAAAUGUUCUACAAACCGACAGUAGCAAUUGGAAUUGACGAAAAUCCAGAGCAGCCCAGUCAGAGUUACAGCGACAGCGCGGUGGAGAACGAGUACAUCAACGUGGCCACUAUCAUCAACGUGGACUACUCAGGAGAUGUGUUCACGUAUCUAAUGCGGCUGGAGAACAUCAUACCCAAAAUGGAGGGAGGAGAGCCCAUUACAGUGGAUCUAGGAAGGGUCUUCAAAGGGAAAACCUUGGUGGAGUUUGAGGAGAAAGGGCUCGCUGGAGACAGACCUAUAGAGAACGUGGUGGAUGAUAUGAGUAAAUACACUAUGUACGAUGAGGGAAACAUGAUUACACUGCAGCCCCUACAGAUCAGGACCUUCUUUGCUACAUACAAGCCGAGCUCUGGGGAGACUGGUGUUGCAGACAGGAUUAAGAAAGUUAUUUGUACUUACUUUCUAGAGUGUUAAAGUGUAACGGAUCAAGGAAAUGCCAGAGUGAUUAUGAUUGUAAUUUAUUUUUAAAUGUUUUUUAAGUGGGUCAAAGUUUAAUAAUUGAAAGAUGGACUCAUAUCGGCAAACUUUUUUUAAUGUCUGAUAAACUUUGUAAUGUUUUCUAUGAAUUAACUAUUUUAAUAAUUAUUUGCG